AUGGUGGUAUUUUACAUUGUGACAAAAGGUGAACAUCCGUUUGGAAAAAGACCUGACCGACUUCGUAACUUACUUGAUGAUAAACCAGUUGGCUUGGAUACGCUGAAGAAUCCUGUCUUGAAAGAUUUAGUAUCGUGGAUGCUGAGCCACGAUCCCAAUGAUCGACCGUCGGCUGAAGAAGCGCUGAAACACCCCUACCUUCAGUCUAAGAAACAGCAGUUUGAAAUGUUAUGCAAAAUGGGAAACCAACAAGAGAUAAAGGCGGGCGACAGCAACUCAGCUGUCGUACGGGAGUUGAAUAAUGACCCCACAAAUUGGAAAACUCGGAUGAGACCAGACGUUUUGAAGUAUUUAUAUACCGAUUUCAUAGAAGGGGAACCAAAAACAUUUGAUUACAAAUCGUCGUGGACAGAGUGUUUACGAUUUAUCCGAAAUGUCGACCAACACUGGCAUGACAGACCACAUCCUAUGCCGCAACCCGAAGCAUUCUAUGUAGUGGAUGAUCCCCAAGAGUACUUCCUUAACCUUUUCCCCAAUCUUCCUGUCAAGGUGCACAGAAUUGUCAGGUCCUGUGAUUGGAAGGAGCGACCAGACCUUAAGGAGUACUUCACUAACGGUACAGUAUGGGUAAUAUGCAUGUUCACAUAAAUGUUGUUCCGAACGUAAAGAAUAGAUGCGUUUAACCAAUCAGUUGGGUACUGAGCCAGUGAGAUGUGGCGGUAAUGGAGUCAAUUCUAAACCCUUCUAGUAUCAUAUAUUGUCUCAUAUAGAAAAAUACUAGCAAUUCAUGCAUGCAGCACAACUCGCCCUUGUUUUCCAAAAAUUGUUUCAACAUGAAGUAUUCCGAAUUACGCCGACACGAAACGCUUCGUAUUCAACUUAACUGCUUUUUAGUGCAAAGUUGCUUUGCACUAUUGUUAUGGCUGAAGAUUAAUUCAAUCGAGUAAGAGAUCAAUAAAAUAAUAAAGUAAUCAAUCCGGGGGGAGCUUGCAACUGAUGUUUUCUAUUGCGUUGCGUAUAGCUUUUCAACGUUCGGGCAGCAUAACUGUUUAUACAUUUUCAAAAUUCAAGUGAAUCUGAUGUAAAAGUCCACACGAGUCAGAACAUGAGUGAACACGAAUUAACUCGAGUGAACAGCAAUGGAACACGAGUGAACAGCAAUGGAACACGAGUAAACACAAGUGAACACGAGUGAACACGAAUGGAAAACGAGUGACAUACGAGUCUUAAACGACUAAAAACACUAAUGCAAUUUAUUAAUAGGCCAUUACUUAACUAUACGAACAAAGUAAAAUUUAUUCUUGUGGGGAUUGUGAUGUUAGGCAUGGCAGUGCAGUAGCAAGUUCUUGAGGGUGGACUAGCUGCACAAGCAUAUAUGGGGGGGGGGGGGGGAGGGAGUAGGGCGUUUCAAAACAGGUUUCUUGUGAAUUUGAUAAUUCAUUGGUAUUUUUGUCGAUAAAUGUUGGUAGGCGCAACCGUUUCCACAACACCCGGUUGCCACCUCUCCAUUCCGUGCAGGCUUUCAAGAAUUGCAAAGCCUUUAGGGUGCGCGGAGAAAUUGGAAAUAUCACAACUAACUAUAUAAACUACGCAAUGAUUUAUCUUCCAAAUUUGAACUUUAACAAACAUAUUCCUCCCUCAAAACAAAAAAAACGUUAACAACAACGUUCCUAAUUAAUAUUAUAGUAAGUGUCCUGGCACUACAAUUGGAAGUUCUAAAAUAUGAAGCGAGCAAGAAUAGUAUUAGCGCAAUUCUUGUUUUUGAAGACAUGUUCCUUUUGAAGACACAUCCCCUUCUGGUGAAUAUAUUUCGUCUGCUUAGUAUUAUUGACUAUUGUACUGUAUGAUGUCAUAUGAUGACGUUUGAAACAUUGGACGUUAUUUCUCUAUAUGUUGACAAUUGCUUCAAAUCAACAUACAAAAUGUUUAUGUCCUGUUCUCGUCUAGUUAUACUAGUUAAAAGUAGAAACAGUAAAAAUAUAAUAGAUGACUUUAAACUAAAAACAACAAAAAAGACACCAAACGACGCAAACCUGUUUUAAAUAAUGGACUAAAAACUAGUAGGGAAUUAGGAUAACCGCUGACCAGAACAACAGCAUAGCGUUGUCUAGGUUGAACGUUAAUUAUAUUCGCUUUUAUUGUUUAAGCAUAAACUGACACGUAAUUAUAACCUUAAUUUAAUUAAAUGCAUGCUCUUUUACGCCAUAUCUUGUAAAUAUACUGCUGAAGAUGAAUCAAAAUAGAUUCGAAAUAUACAGUUUUUAAAAUGGAUGUGUUGUUAAAAUGCAUACUUUAAACUAACUUGAGUUUUUGUUUCAUGGUCCAUAUAGCACCCAGAGUAACCAACCAACUGGAACAAGCUGUUGGGCCUGGAAUCAAGUGAGUUUCUAUGAUCCAUUUUUAACUAGAUUAAAUUGCGUGCUGAAUAUUUAUUUCAAAAGUACUUUUUUGAGAACAGUUGAAAAUGAUGUGAUAAGAUUUUAUGAAAGAACACAAGUUGGGGUAACCAGCCUCUGAAGAGUGCCUUGUCUAGGUCAGAGUGUGAGCAUUGCUCUAAUGUGAGUAUACUUGGGAUACAACACAAGCUGAGUUAAUUAACUAACCUGUGAAAAAUGUCCUAUGUGGGAAAAAGACUUGGAAUCCAAACAUUUUUUCUACAAAACGGCUGUUUGCCAUUAUGUUUGCUUUACCCGUGCUGGCGAAGUGCUCAAUGGGAAUUGAAAUGAGAAAUAUUUCAAUUCCCAAAGUGGAUGAAAACAAUAAAUUUUCUGCCCACGCUAGCACAUGCCGAGGACGAAAUGGAGCCCUAAAUAUCGAGUGUUCGAUUAUCGUAUUAAAGACACGAUAUAUUUUGCUCCUGAAUUAUUAACAAGUUUAUGAAUUCUUUUUGAAUUACUUCUGACAAAAAACAAACACAUGUCAAACAGACAAGCAAUAGAGACAUUGUCGAGCAGAAGUAAUUAAUAAUAGUUAUAUUUAAGAAAUAGAAAACAUUUCCCGUGUUUCCAUACAGUUAUAGAAAUACCAGUAAACACGAGCCCGUUUAUAAAAUAACCUAUAGGAAACAGGUAAAACGAAUAAACUAGCACUGUGUCAAAGUUAAGUCCUCCUUACCGUUCAUAAUAGAGUUUAAGUUCGACUUCCGAUACCAAUACCGACACUAAUAACAUGUCAUGCGCAUGCUCUCUGCUCGCAAGAAAGACGAGGACAAGUGUAUUGGAAGUCACCACUACCGAAGUCGGCCUUGUAUUGGAAGUCGGGAGAAUUGUUAGAUAAACUCAUAUAAAUCGGAUAUUUCAUAAUUUUUACGAUAAACAUGUAAACUAUUUGUUUAUUAGCGUGGUCUGAGUCAUGUUUUAGUCGGAAUUUUAGCUCAGCUGCCGUUUAGUAUACCGCACAUUUUCGGUGACGAUUAAUGUGUUUUAUACUUUAUCUGUCGUGAUAACAUAACGCUUUAGAAUUCCCGGUACCAAAAUGAGAACGAAAGUGAAAACAUCGGUAUCGGUAUUGGUAUUGGAAGUCGAACUUAAACUCUCUAAUGGCUUAUUGCUUGGCGUAGGUAUUGCUGUGUGUUUAUACACGGCUUUCAACCAAUCACCGUACUUGUUUUCAAAAUGUUAUUUUAAAUAUACUAAUAUUAAUAAUAAUAAUGACCAUGGUUGUUAUGCAACUAUUCAGAAUCAUAAGCAGUAGUUUUUUAUCACAUUUAAAAUAUGACAGCUGUUGGCGUUUUAGAUCUGAUAAAAAAUAAAAUAAUAAAAUUGUAAGGUUUUUGAAACUGGAUUAAAUUAAAAAACGACUUGACUUCAGUAGCUCAUAAUUGACGUAGCAAUUUUCAAGAUUCACGCUUUUUUAACCAAGAACAUCAAAGUUUACGUUAAUGUAAAUCAGAAUGAUUUUUUAUCAAAUAUGAAACUUGCCGAACCAGUGUUGAUUUUCGCUUCCUCGUGUUUUUUAAAUUCUAUUUUAAGAACCUUAAUUACAGUUGACAGUUGCCAUAUUUAUUUUAAUCUCCCUCAUAUGGUCGUGUCAUUUUGUUCGUUUGCUAGCUUCACCGUUAAUGAACAGGGACAAAGUGUUUCCUUUCCUGCUGCCAGUGCCUUUUUUCAGUUUCCAGCCGAAGCAGUUGCAAAUACAAUUUCUAUCUGGCUCAGUUGUAUAAGGCACCAAGACUGUAAAGUAAAACCAAGGACUGGAGACGUAUUUUGUAGCAGCAUCGUGAAAAUGGAACCUGAAGGUUAUGUCUUUAACAAACCAGUCACAGUUCUUCUCUCUCACUGUGCUGCUCAAGACGGUGCUUAUGCUGAUUAUUAUGAUCUAACCAUUCAGAAAUUGGAUAAAGGAUUUGAAGAUUUAGAGACAGAACAACUUGACAAACCUGAAGGUAAGACACUAGAGUAAUACUUACCCGGAACAUUGGAAGGGAAGAAGGUAAAGAUGGAUUGGGGAAAAGGAAAUAUAUGAUCAGGAGAAGAAAAACGGGGAAGUAUAAGCUGGAAGAGGAUUUAAAAGCAAGGAUAGAAGGGAACAGAUGGCAGGGAAGAAGUGGGUAGGGAAAUUGAGAGGAAGAGGUCUAAGAGGAGAAGAGGUAGGAGGAGUAGUGGGAAUAGAAAAAAGAAGGAAAAGAGGGGGGGUGGGUAGUGAAGAAAUAAAAAGAUACGAUAGAGAAGGAGAGGAAGAGGAAUUGGGGAGGAAAAGGAGAAGAAGAUAAAAGGAAUGGAGAAAGAGAUCGAUAUACUGUAAGAAAUUCAAUUAUUAUAAGAAUUCAAACUUAUACUAUAAGAAAUUCAAAUUUUUGUUUUUGACUUAAUUAAGAUUUACCAGAGAAAACUGUUUCUGACUUCUGUGAUGUCCUUGAGUAUUUACCUGUUGCACAAGCCAGCAUCACAAAAACUUCGACAUUAGUUGCAACGACGAGGAUACGAUCUGAGGAAAUUAUUGUGGUUCCUGAUGAACUGUAUGUUUAUCCGAGAUCUUAUGGAAACGAGAGCGAUCUCGAAAUAAUCUUUCCUGUUGGAGCUGUGGAAGAGGAAUGUCGUUUAACUGUGCAG